UGUCGCCAGCUGACUGUUUGUUUACUUGGCGGAUGCGAGUGACUGCGGUUGACUGGUUGACUGGCUCGCUCAAGGCCCCUCGCUCGCUACAGUCAUCCCCCAAGGCUGCAGUUCCUCCUGAGAAAAGUUCCGUAGAACAAAAUCGUGCAAAAAUGACCUCUAAGAAAGCUUCGGAUGUGAGCAAAAGAGAGGUGAAUGUAACAGGAAUGUCAUUUCUGCGAGGAUCAGCCAACUAUGUCUGGUGCACGACUUCUGUCUUGGGAAAGGGGGCCACGGGAGCCGUCUUCCAGGGCGUCAACAGGCAUACAGGAGAACCAGUUGCUGUCAAGACAUUUAAUCAACUCUCACACAUGCGGCCACAUGAGGUACAAAUGCGUGAGUUUGAAGUACUUAAGAAGGUCAACCAUGAGAAUAUUGUAAAACUCCUGGCUAUAGAGGAAGAGCAAGAAGGUCGGGGGAAGGUGAUUGUGAUGGAGCUUUGUACCGGAGGCUCACUCUUCAACAUUCUGGAUGAUCCGGAAAAUAGCCAUGGCCUGGAGGAGGACGAGUUUAUCUUGGUUCUGUCACAUCUUGCUGCAGGGAUGAAACACUUGAGGGACAACAGUCUAGUACAUCGGGAUCUCAAACCGGGGAACAUCAUGAAGUUUACAGAUGUCGAUGGGUCCACUAUAUAUAAGUUAACAGAUUUUGGUGCCGCUCGAGAAUUGCAAGAUGACCAGCAGUUCAUGUCUCUUUAUGGAACAGAAGAGUAUUUGCACCCUGACAUGUAUGAACGCGCAGUGCUCAGGAAACCUGUCGGAAAGACCUUUGGAGCUCGGGUGGAUCUCUGGUCAAUAGGUGUGACGCUUUACCACGUAGCCACAGGUCAGCUUCCUUUCCGCCCGUAUGGAGGUCGGCGUAAUAAAGAGACCAUGUACCAUAUAACAACAGAGAAGGCCCCAGGAGUCAUAUCAGGUGUACAGACUUCAGAAAACGGGCCAAUUGAUUGGUGCACGGAGCUGCCUGAAACAUGCCAGUUGAGCCUGGGGCUUCGUAAGUUAGUAACUCCUCUACUAGCAGGCCUUCUUGAAGUUGAUCCCCAGAGAAUGUGGAACUUUGAACGGUUCUUCCAGGAAGUUACUAUGAUAUUGAGCAAGAAAGUGGUUCACAUCUUCUUCGUAAACAAGGUGCAGCCUAUUACAGUAUACAUGGAUCCAGAACAUAGGUAUGAAGAACUCCAGUACCUGAUUUGUGAACAGACAGACAUGAAUCCAGUCAACCAGCUUCUGCUCUAUGACAAGAAACACUUGAGUGACAUUGUGGCUCCAGACCAGCCAUCGUCUUCGUACCCAUCAACAACUCCCCGAACGCCAUUGGUUCUCUUCUCAAAACAAGAUGAUGACAUCACACUCACUCUACCAGAAACCCCAGCUGUCAAAUUUGGAAGCUUCCCAACCUUGGUAAGUGUAGAACAUGAUGCUGCAGUGGGAAAGUCAAUGUGUUCGGUUGGCCAUGCUAUCAAGCGCAAGAUCGACUACUUCUCUAAGUGUGUCCACCUGAUGGAUUACAGUGUUCUCAUGUUCAUCGAAGUGAUUGUCACCCAGUUAACGACUCUGCAAGACCGCGUUGGCCACGUCCAGUCCCUCACGUCAGCUGUCAGUGAUCGUUUUAGUCAGUUGGUGGCCAAUCACAGAAGAUUCCUUAUGUUGACUCAGAUGUGUGGAGGAAACCAGGAGAGCAGCUCUCAACCCCUAAGAGAACGUCUAGAGGAUCUGGUCAACAACAAAGUCGAUGCCGAGAAAGCUGCCACACCAACCCAGGAGUCAUCACCCACCCAAUCAGCAGCCCAGAGGCUCGAAGAGAUGACGGGUGCCAUAGUCAUCGAGGAGAUGGUGGUCCGUGACUCCCUCAACGCCAUGCUGCCCGUCGUGAACCAGCUGUACGAGAGGGUGGUCCGAGGAGGCCAGCUCCGUCGUCAGUGGCAGCAGGCAGGGAACAAUGCCAUGGCCGUGGAGAGGGCGCCGAACAAGGCCUCCACUUACGUCACCAAGCUCAGGGAGUCUUGGCAGCACUUGCUCAGAGAUAGAGCAGCAAGGACACUAACCUUUAACGAUGAGCAGUUCCACUUGCUUGAGAAGAUGAAAAUGAAAGAGACGGCAAAAUCCUUAGAAACCCUCCUGGCCUCCGUCACAGCUACACUUCACCACACUACAGAUAACUUGGCUGACUGGUGCAAAGUCGCCAAAGUCCAGCGAGUCCAGACGGAGAUUGAAGAGGCCGACGUGGAGAAGCACGAGGGGCUGUUGUCCUCUUUCCAGGACACCUUAAGCAACACUGAGGACCAAUACCACCAAACCCUCUCAGGACUCUUGGCAGCCAUUAAGGACAAGAAGUUACAGGACGACCCAAGACUACAAACUGAGAAUCCAGACACAGGGGCAGCUAAGAUCAACAGUGGAACAGGAAGCACAAAUGAGUCUAAAGAGACGCAAAAGUCAAAGAAAGAAAGUUUGAAUAAGGCCCGGUUGAAACUCUCUUUGCGUGAAAUGUGCGAAGCUCAAGAAGAAGUUAUGAGACUGCUGGAGGAAAAUGGUACAAUUAUCAAGAGAUUCCAGCGCAUUACAAGCCAGUCUGAUCUAUCGGAAGAGCAUUAGUUGAAAGCAAGCAAUAUUAGUGAGAUUCCUUUGUUGUUAUAUUUGAGGUAACAUUUGCAAGCACUCGAUUCAUUUCUUUAUUUGUUUGUGUUUGUUAUUUAAGUUUUUAAGGUUAAUGAUCUACAUUGUAUGUACUUAGCAUAAAUUGUUCCAAGCAGAGUUUAUUUGUUAUUUUUUGUUAGUCAGAUUUCAAGAUUAUUAGCCUGUAUUCUUGUAGUUUAUGUGAAUUGUGUCAAGUGGAACUUGUAUAUAUUCAUUAACUGUACAUUAUCAUUUUGCAUUUAUUGAUCAAUUCACUUUACUAGUGUAACAAAGUCUGGUGCAUUACAUGAAUGAUUUUGUGAAAUAAAUUUGUAAAGGUAUUGAUGCACUGUUGUAUUACAUUUCCAAGAUAGAAAUUUAGAGAAAUGUAUGAGUGAUAGUAGAAAAUAAGAUAAAUUACUAUUAUUAUUUAUUAUUUUUUAUUAUUGUUUUAUUAUUAUUGUUAUUAUUAUUAGUUAUUAUUAUUAUUAUUUUAUUUAUUUUAUUUAUUUAUUUAUUUAUUUAUUUUUAUUUUUAUUUUUUUAAGGAAAAUAAUGUGAGAUCAGCUUUAAUUGUUGACAGUCAGAUUUAUCAUUGUUAAAAGUAUGAUAGAGAAAGUAUUUCCAUGCAUUUUGUACCUGGUAAUACACAAAGAAACAAAGACACUUUAUGAUAAUUACAGAGGGUAUCUGUAGUAAUGUUCUUUCUUUAUUUAUUUAUGUAUUAUUAUUAUUAUUAUCAUUUUUUUUUAUUAUUGUUACCACAGUGUCCUCACUUGUUUCUGAAUGUUAGGAUGACAAGUUGUUGUUUUUUUUAUUUGUGGUCAAAUAGUCUUCACAAAUAGAGUAUUCAGACUGAAGGUGAUUAUAUAAUCCCAAGUGUCAGGACUUGAGUGACAGUGACAGUGAUUACACAUGCCAUCCAACCCAAAGGAAUGCAGGAAAUGCCUAAGAAUUACAGCAAAAUUAUUAUAAGAAUUUUUCUUGUUGUAAAGGGUAUAUUUUUAUCAAUUUGUGUUAUAUUUUCCUCUUUUUUUAUGGUAUCAGAGUGAAGUGUUAAAUAGAACGCUUGUUUGUAAGUGGAUAGAUUUUGGUCAAGGGAAAUUUUUGAAGUUGUUUUCAAUAUGGAAGUAUUGUGAGUCAUCUAAAAUAUGUAUUCCAUCCUACUGUUGGAACAUAAUACCUAAUUUAUGAAUGUGUAUUUUUAGGUAAUUUCAAGAGUCAUUCUGAUUUUGUCUUACGUAGGAGCCAAGAUGUUUUCCAAAUCUGUGGCACUCAGAAUGGAUUCAAACUGCAUAUUACAUUGUGAAGUAGUCUGCUGCCCAUUUGGGAGGCAAUUGACAUGUGUAAUGGCAUUAUUAUGGAGCCAUUUAUUAUGAAGAAUAGCAUGACUCAAUUACAAAUCCUUUUUAUAAUACUUAGUCUCUAGGUUGCACACAGACAUUGCAAGUUUAGCACCAUGAGAUUUCGGGGAGAGAAUUGUAAACUGUUUUCACCAGUGUCAUGUAUCUGGUAUUUUUUUUCACAUUAAUUUUAUUUUUAAGGUAAAUUAUGUUUUCUUCUUUCCCGUCACAUUUCUCUCUGAUAUCAUCUUCCUUUCUAUUAAAUCAUAAUGAUGUGCCUCUGAAAAUAUGGAGCAGAAAAGGUAGUCUCUUCAUCGGGUCCACUCAGACCAUCUUGGUGUUCUUUCAUUUCUUAACGUCAUAGCUCAUUCUUUUCUAUGGUAUUUAAGUUUCAUCAGUAAUUUUUUUUGUCUCACAUUGUUUAUGUAAACUCUUAGAAGAGGUGAAAGAAUAUCAAUUUCCAAGACUUUGAAGAAAGCAUGAAAGAAUCACAUAGGCUUGUAAUUAUCUAUAGUUAUAAAGUGCAAAUUUUAAUAAUAUGUUGAUGUUAAUUAGAUGCAGUAUCUAAGAAUGGAAGCAAACAGGUGUAUGGAACUGUGAUGAAAAUAGAGACAUAUGGACACUUUUAUACAAAUUAUUGAAAUUUUAUGGGACAUAGUGAUUACAUGUUUGAUUAUUGUAAAUAUUUAUAUGAAUAUGAUAUGAAAUCUUUUAUAUUUUAUGAGCAGAGGAAAUAUACAUUUAUCUCUGUG